AUGACGACAAGAAAAGAUGAUAUGGAGAAAAAGAACGGCAAAUCUGAGCCGUUGUUGCUACCGGCAAACGAAUCUGACGUCUCAGAAGAAGCGUCGUGGAUGGUUUUUCUUAGCACAUUCAUUGCCGUUUGUGGUUCCUACGAAUUUGGAUCCUGCGUGGGGUAUUCGGCUCCGACACAGUUUGGGAUGAUGGAAGAGCUUAGCUUAUCAUAUUCCCAGUUUUCAGUUUUCGGAUCCAUAUUGAAUGUGGGAGCAGUGCUCGGCGCCAUUACAUCGGGAAAGAUAGCCGAUUUCAUCGGUCGGAAAGGGGCCAUGAGGUUGGCUUCAGUGAUCUCUGCCAUUGGCUGGCUGAUUAUAUACUUCGCCAAGGUUGACGUACCUUUGGAUUUUGGAAGAUUUCUCACCGGUUAUGGUUGCGGUACCCUCUCGUUUGUGGUUCCGGUUUUCAUCGCCGAAAUUAGUCCAAAGAAACUACGAGGAGCAUUAGCGACGCUUAACCAGCUCUUCAUUGUUAUCGGCAUUGCUUCAAUGUUCCUCAUAGGCGCCGUAGUGAGCUGGAGAACUCUUGCACUAACCGGAGUUGCACCGUGCGUGGUUCUAUUCUUUGGGACUUGGUUAAUCCCAGAAUCACCCAGAUGGCUGGAAAUGGUUGGCCGCCACCGCGAUUUCGAAAUUGCGUUGCAGAAACUGAGGGGUCCUGACGCCAAUAUCGCAAGAGAAGCCGAUGAAAUCAAAGAAUACUUGGCGACAAUUGCUCACCUACCGAAAACCACAUUACUAGACCUUAUUGACAAAAAGAAUAUUCGAUUCGUGAUUGUCGGAGUUGGUUUGAUGAUUUUCCAGCAAUUCGUUGGAAUAAAUGGGGUUAUCUUCUACGCACAACAAAUUUUCGUAUCAGCAGGAGCAUCCCCAACUCUUGGAAGCGUUCUGUACUCGAUCGAACAAGUUGUUCUUACAGCACUCGGUGCAACAUUGCUAAUUGACCGGCUUGGAAGAAGACCACUUCUUUUGGCUUCAGCUGUUGGGAUGCUUAUUGGAUGUUUGCUUAUUGGCACUUCAUUUCUAUUGAAGGCUCAUGGUUUAGCACUUGAUAUCAUUCCGGCCCUUGCAGUUAGCGGUGUCUUGGUCUACAUCGGUUCAUUUUCUAUUGGAAUGGGUGCAAUUCCAUGGGUUAUAAUGUCUGAGAUAUUUCCAAUAAAUUUAAAAGGAACUGCUGGAGGACUUGUCACUGUAGUAAACUGGCUAAGCUCAUGGCUUGUCUCCUUCACUUUCAACUUUCUCAUGAUUUGGAGCCCUCAUGGUGCAUUUUAUGUUUACGGUGGGGUGUGUGUAUUGGCUAUUAUCUUCAUAGCAAAACUUGUUCCUGAAACCAAAGGCAGAACCUUGGAAGAGAUUCAAGCAAUGAUGAUGUGA